CCUCAUCGGACCAUACGCAACGAACAGGGGUAGCCGACGAGAGACAUCGCCGCCAUGGCGUCACGAUUCAUCGCCCGAUCCAAAACCCUAGCCCUCGCCCUCUCCCGACCGGACGCGGCGCCAGCCCCCCUGGCCGGGUCCCGCGCGCUCUCCUCCAUCCCGCGCCACCCCGCCGCCCCGUCCCCUGCGGCUGGAUCCCCUCGCCGCCCCGGCAUGGUUUUGGGAUAUGAGCCAACAUCACACCUCAGCGGCACACAGUUUUUACCGCGUUGGUUUUCUACUGUAGCAUCCAAUGGAUCUCCCAUGCAGAAGACACAGGUCUUGGAUGAACUGAAAGCGAGUGAAGGAGCUUUCCCUAAAGUUGUGGCAUUCAGCCCACUGGAAGCAACUAUUGCUAAACCUAGGAGCAGUCCAUUGGCAAGUGAAAGCUCUAAAGUCAGUCGAUCAGAGAUAGCAACACAAGUUACUUUCUACAUGAUCCCAGCUCUGCUUCUUGCCUCAAAAAACAGCAUAAGCACAUCUCUUAUGGUUGCUGCGGUAUACCAUCAGAUUUACAUGUUCAACAAGGAGAUCUUUCUGGACUAUGUGCACCACGAUAUCACCAGGAAGUGGGCUUUGAUAUACUUCAAGCUGCUUUUGCUGGUCAUGGCAAAGGACACCGUCGUGUACUUCAAUCUGUUCUGAGUUCACCAUGUUAGUUUCUCAAGUGAUGAUCUAUGCACUCAUUUGUAAACUGAAGAAAAUAAUGAUCAUGGAUGCAUGCUAGGGCGAUGGUUCUAUUCCCCGCAUGAACACUCCCUGUACCUACAUUUACCACUCCCGACUUUUCUCAUAUUGUUUUUGGUUAUGCACUUGUUAGUAACGGAUGAGGUUAUUAGUUUCUGCAAAGAAAUAACCGUGACACAUAAAUGGGUGACUGCAUUCUUUUUUUUGUAAUAAUAGAACAUAUAUUUGGUA